AUGUACAAGAUUACGGACCAUCCUUUUGCGAUCCAGUUCAUCCCCAAAACAACUAUAGACGGAUUUAUGGACAAUGCUCUUGUGAUCAACCUCCAAAAAUUCAUACUUAAGAAGUUUGACCAUCUCCAAGCUCUUGCAAGCACAAACUUAGAACUCUUUACUGUUCAUCACAUGGCAGAUGUUGUUGGGAAAAUUGGUUGUGUCCAAGGUUCUGACCUUAAGGACGCUGAAGUUAUGACUCGACUUUUGGUAUGUUUUGUCGUUGAACCGUAA